AGCCGUUUUGGCCCGAGCACCCCUCCAAAGCAAGACCGCCCGAUAGCGGCCCACGGUACCCGGCCCCCUCGCGCGCCUGCCAACGUCGGGGGCCAGAGCCUCGCCACCAUGUCUGCAGCGUUCGUGGUCGAGGCCGUCGACGCCAUCAUGUCGGCUGCGCUUGCCAACCUCGAUGGCCUCGAGGUCGUGGAGCUCCUCUCCCCAGCGAGGAGCGCGUUCGGGAUCGCCUUCGACCUCACUGACCAGUUCAAGAGCACCCCGCGCACCGGUGUGCAGUCCCAGGCCCGCGCGCGCCUGGAAGGCUACGUCAGCACGCCCGUGAAGGAGGGCCAGCCGAAGAGCCCCGCGGGGGACUCGUUGCCUCGCCUCCUGAGCGAGGGCCGCGCUGCCAAGCUGCACAUCGAGAACGAGGCGAAGAGGCAGGCGGCGGAGUGCGCCAGGGCCAAGGAGGUGGAGCGUGCCCGUAGCCUGAGCGACUGGCUCAAGGGGAAGGUCAGCCACGCCCUCGAGAAGCGCAAGGAUCUGCUGGCUGAGGUCAGCCAGAAGGCGAAGAUGCACGCGGAGGCCGUCGAGGGCACGCUGAGGAGGGUCCAGGAGGCCGAGGAGCAUCGCCGUGAGGAGCUGAAGGCCAAGCUCGAAAGCACGCGGAGGCCGUCGAGAGCAAGCUGAGGAGGGCCCAGGAGGCCGAGGAGCAUCGCCGCGAGGAGCUGAAGGCCAAGCUCGAGCGCAAGACAGGAUCGAAGGUCAGCGGCAAGGUCUCCGACGCCGCCGUCGGAGACCUUGGAGCCCGUCUUGGAGUGAGAGAUCUUGGACGACUCCAGGUCCUGGAGGCUCCUGUGGCUGCUGCAUCCAAGAAGGUCCAGCCAUCCGCCCGUGCCGGCGGCGAGGCAGUGUCUGGCUCGAUCAUCAGGUCUUCGCCGUCCCUUGACCUCGAAGGCCUCGAGGGCAUGAAGCUCCUCUCCCCAGCGAGGAGCGCGUUCGGGAUCGCCUUCGACCUCACUGACCAGUUCAAGAGCACCCCGCGCACCGGUGUGCAGUCCCAGGCCCGCGCGCGCCUGGAAGGCUACGUCAGCACGCCCGUGAAGGAGGGCCAGCCGAGGAGCCCCGCGGGGGACUCGUCGCCUCGCCUCCUGAGCGAGGGCCGCGCUGCCAAGCUGCAUAUCGAGAACGAGGCGAAGAGGCAGGCGGCGGAGUGCGCCAGGGCCAAGGAGGUGGAGCGUGCCCGUAGCCUGAGCGACUGGCUCAAGGAGAAGGUCAGCCACGCCCUCGAGAAGCGCGAGGAGGUGCUGACUGGGGUCAGCCAGAAGGCGAAGAGGCACGCGGAGGCCGUCGAGGGCAAGCUGAGGCGGGUCCAGGAGGCCGAGGAGCAUCGCCGCGAGGAGUUGAAGGCCAAGCUCGAGCCCAGCCACACCCUCGAGAAGCGCAAAUAUCUGCUGGCUGAGGUCAGCCACAAGGCGAAGAAGCACGCGGAGGCCGUCGAGGGCACGCUGAGGAGGGUCCAGGAGGCCGAGGAGCAUCGCCGUGAGGAGCUGAAGGCCAAGCUCGAGCCCAGCCACGCCCUCGAGAAGCGCAAAGAGGUGCUGGCUCAGGUCAGCCAGAAGGCGAAGAUGCGCGCGGAGGCCGUCGAGGACAAGCUGCGGAGGGUCCAGGCGAGCGAGGAGCAACGCCGUGAGGAGCUGAAGGCCAAGCUCGAGCCCAGCCACGCCCUCGAGAAGCGCAAAGAGGUGCUGGCUCAGGUCAGCCAGAAGGCGAAGAAGCACGCGGAGGCCGUCGAGGGCACGCUGAGGAGGGUCAAGGAGGCCGAGGAGCAUCGCCGCGAGGAGCUGAAGGCCAAGCUCGAGCGCAAGACGGGCUCGAAUGUCAGCGGCAAGGUCUCUGCUGGGCUGCAGCCGCCCGCGGGUGCUGCACUGAAGAGGUUCCAGCCACCCGCCCGCGCCGGCGGCGAGGCAGUGCUCUCGCCUCGCCCGCUCUCCGAGCCAGAGCUGCAGUCUGGCUGGGUCAUCAUCACGGAGGCGACGGAGCAGGCGGCGUGAGCGUGGAGCGUUAAGUCGGGCCUGUCCCUCUGCAGGAGGAGUAUGC